AUUCCCUGGAACGGCAUCUCUAAUGGCUUUGGUUUGGGCCGCUUUUCCUAAAACCCCAUUCCAAAACCGGAAAAAUGAAUUUAGUAAAAACCAAACAACCCCCUAAUUUCUCCCACAUAUUAGCCACCUGCACUGUGGCGGCUAAAUUGCGCCGCCACCGACCCUACUGCUUCUCCGCACCCAGGAAACGCCGGAUUCUCGAAAUCACAGCAAUGAGAGCGGUGGUUCAGCGCGUUGCCUCCGCCAGCGUCGAGGUUGAGGGGCGUAUUGUUUCGGCAAUCGGGCCGGGCCUGCUUGUUCUGGUUGGCCUUCAUGAAUCCGACGCGGACUCUGAUGCUGAGUACAUAUGUCGGAAAGUGUUGAACAUGAGACUAUUUCCAAAUGAGAAAACUGGAAAGACAUGGGAUCAAAAUGUCAUGCAAAAGAAUUUGGAAGUUUUAUUGGUGAGCCAGUUUACAUUGUAUGGGAUUUUAAAGGGAAACAAACCUGAUUUUCAUGUGGCCAUGCCUCCUGAGAAGGCAAGGCCGUUCUAUGAAUCUGUGGUUGAAAAAUUUCGAAAAGCUUACACACCUGAUGUUAUAAAAGAUGGCAUUUUCGGAGCCAUGAUGAAGGUCAAUUUGGUUAACGAUGGUCCAGUGACAAUGCAACUUGAUUCGGUACAAGCAUCAAGGAAUACAAAUGACACAGUGGAAGCAUCAUAACAAGGCUAGCCUUGUUGGGCAAUGGCUUCAGGAUGGGGAUAUGGUGGCUACUGUGGAUUCAUAGCAUGGAUGAUUAGGGGAUGGUCGAGGAUAAGGCAUGCGUUGACAUGUUUUGUCUGAGCAGACGAAGACAUGGAGAUGCCGGACAUUUGGUUUGUGAAAGUACAUUAUGCUCGUCAGUUGUCCUCCUUUUCUCUAGGAGGACUGCAUUGUUUUACUUGUAACAAAGGAUUCUGAGAUGUUAUGUUCCCUACAGUAAAAUUGGUAUGCCAAUGGCUCUUAAGUUCUUAUACUGGAGGAAAUUCAUUUUGUCGGCAUGCUUGAAGUACAUCAGUAAACUGAGGCCUUUGGAGAUCAGUGCUUUUUCCGCCCAUUCUUCAUUAGUAUAUCCUAUACACAAACCAUGCUUCCAUGCCAUUGGCUCGAGGACACACAAGAGAGAAUCAAGAAGCCUGAGGGGAUUUUAAAAUGGUGCAACUGCAUGUUAAACUUCAUUUUAACCUUGCAAUUAGCUGAACUUGACUUCAAGCAUAAGGCCUUCGAUGGUUCAAGUAACAUAAUGGACAGUGAAACAAUGUCAUAUACCCCAUGUAUGUGGUUGACAAGAAACUGAAUGAUAUGGAAGAAGACUUCCUUCUUUGUCAAUCAUUGUAGCACUAUAACUCGUUAACAUGAUGUGAUGUUGAAUUUUGACAA